ACGGGAAACUCGAGAAAAUAUGUGAUGAUUCUGUCUGUUCGAGCUUCGCUUUUUCUACCUGAAUACCACACGGAUUCAGGAUCUCCUUUGAGACCUGCUUGAUGCGGAUGCUAGGGUUCUUCUCCCUGUGACGGCUGGCUUGUGCUGCAGAGAUGGUUGCAUGAUUCGGUUCCGGGUACCCGCAUUGAGUAGAGUCGACAGACGAGGUGAACCAUACUGAAUCCGAGUUUUGGUGAAGGAACCGAAGUGCACUGGACUAAGGUGGGGUGGGUUGGAAUUUGUGGGUUUGAACUGAGGUUUUGAGGAGGUUUAGGUCAGGCCCAGACUUGCCAAACCUUCGACCCUGCUCGUCAGCGACAGAGUAUCUGGAGCUAGUGGCAAUUAAAUGCAGCAGUUAAAUCUUCUCGGAAGUGCUCCUACAGUUCGCUGUAGGAUGGAGGGUCAUUUCCUGUGCAUCAAACCCUCUGAAAAAUUAUCUUCCAAUUCUUCUUUGAGCAUUAGGAAGUCUCUGUCGGAGAAACACUCCAUCUUGAAGAGUGCUGUGCCGAGCCAAUGCAGGAUGCAGGCUUCUAACACAGCGACUGGGGGGAUCCAAGCAGACAGCAAAGAGCAGCCUAAGGAGGCUAAGUUAUGGGGAGGUCGGUUUGAGAAAGGUGUUACUCCUGCUGUGGAGAAGUUUGGGCAGUCAGUUUCCUACGACCGGAAGCUAUAUAAGCAUGAUCUCAUGGGAAGCCGUGCACAUGCGUCCAUGCUUGCGAAGCAGGGUAUUAUCACUGUCCAGGAUCGAGAUGCGAUUCUGAACGGCAUUGACGAGAUCGAGAAGCGCAUAGACGACGGAAAGUUCAAUUGGAGGGCAGACAGAGAAGAUGUUCAUAUGAAUGUAGAGGCUGCACUUAUUGAGCUUGUUGGCGAACCGGCUAAGAAGCUACAUACAGCGCGUAGUAGGAACGAUCAAGUUGUUACAGAUGUGCGAUUAUGGUGUCGAGAUGCUAUCAACGACAUCGUGCAGAGAAUCAAAUAUUUGCAGGUUUCCUUAGUCCAGCUUGCUAGAGAAAACGAGGGUUUAGUCGUGCCCGGCUAUACCCAUCUUCAGCGGGCGCAACCACUGCUUCUGCAACACCUUUUGCUGGCUUUUGUGGAAAUGUUAGAGCGAGACGCUUCUCGCCUUUUGGAUUGUCAGGCACGGCUCAAUUUUUCUCCUUUAGGUGCGUGUGCUUUGGCUGGCACUGGUCUCCCCAUUGACCGGCACAAUACUGCUGAAGCCCUGGGUUUCACCGAGCCUAUGCGCAACAGUGUGGAUGCAGUAGCAGACCGCGACUUCUUGAUUGAGUUACUGGGCGCAAAUUCCAUCAUUGCAAUCCAUCUUUCACGCCUUGCCGAGGAAUGGGUACUGUGGGCUUCGGAAGAGUUCGGUUUCUUAACGCCCAGCGAUGCUGUAUCGACCGGGAGCAGCAUCAUGCCACAGAAGAAAAAUCCUGAUCCAAUGGAGCUGGUUCGAGGGAAGUCAGCACGAGUAAUUGGAGACCUUACAACAGUUUUGGUUUUGUGCAAGGGGCUCCCCAUGGCUUACAACCGUGAUCUUCAGGAGGAUAAGGAGCCCCUGUUCGACAGUGUCGAAACCAUCAAUACCGUGCUGGACGUGACUGCAGAGUUUGCCCAGAAUGUUGUCUUCAAUAAGGAUCGCAUAUCGAAGUCAUUGCCAGCUGGGCAUCUAGAUGCGACAACCUUAGCUGACUAUCUUGUAUACAAGGGUAUACCUUUCCGAACGUCGCAUGACAUUGUGGGCAAGGCUGUGGCAAUCGCAGUUAGCAAGAGAAUAGAACUUAAAGAUCUUUCACUGGAAGAGUUCCUAAGAAUUAAUCCCGUUUUUGAGGAAGAUGUUUACACCUUCUUGGGUGUUGAGAACUCCAUUGCGAAGUUUCGGUCUUAUGGCUCGACAGGAGCUGAGCCUGUCGCCGAGCAGAUGAAAUUCUGGAUCAGCAAACUUGGGAUGUGAUUUCACAAUUUUCAAUGAGGAAUUGAUCUGCACUGCGACUCUUGGAGAAAAUAUUUAAGCAUUAUGAGGUAUAUUUUCUGUCUUGGCCUCGAAUCCAUAGUGAGUAGUUCUGCUGUCAUGUCUCCACCUUAGACAUGGCAGGUGCUAGUAUGGGACCAACCCAACCAAAUCUGAAACAUCAAUCCAGGUAGUUUUCACACGUUAUUAUCCUUGUGUACUUCAAUUGUGAGAUCUGACCAUGACUUCCCCAUUAGAAAAGCGGGUUUCAUUUUAAUUCUCUGUUGUUAUUUCAAAACCCUACUUGUUGAAAUGGGGCUUGGCAGGUUUUGUGCUAUAA